AAAGAAGGAAUCGCCGUGCACUGAGAGCAUGGCGAGAAGUCCUGCUUAGGGAGAGACGGUGGUGCGCCUAGCGCUGGGAAGCUUCUCAGGUGUUUGCUGGACGCGGAUCUGCGGAGGUGGAGAGUGGCGUGGGAAGAGGACUCCCAGGGAAACGGCGGUGCGGAAGCGGGCUCCUGGCCGGAGAAGGGGCACUAGAGCGGGGACGGGCUGGGACUAGCACGGCUAAGGCAGGGGCGCAGGAGUCGGGCGAGGGCGGGCCACCAUCCGGGUGCCGAGCGCGUCUGGGUACCCACCUUGGAGUCUGGGGAUUCUCGCGUCCUGCGCAAUCUCCUGGAGGUGUGGAGAGGAAGCGGGGCUAAUUUUUAUUUGCGCUCACUCUACUGAGAAGCAUUUAUUUCACGCUCCACCCCCCAACAUUUAGGAUUGUGUAACCUGUUAAGGGAAUAAAGUUUGUUUAAAAAACAGAUCUGCGUCCAGGAAUAAAGCUUGUUUAAAAAAACAGAUCUGUCGUAAACGCCAGAUUUAUUAAUGCUUGCGUACUUGUUGGGGCUUUUUUAGGCAGUGCCUCUAAUUCGUUUGACAAUAAGUGGAAAAAGGAAGGGCGUAUGGAUAGGGCAGAGCUUGGAAGGAAAAUUGGUGGCUGCGCUGGGCAGGGCAGGUCUAGGGUGUGAUCGCCAGAUCCUAUCCCAAGUCCGCCUUCCUGACCACGAGGACGUUGGAACCCGCCUGCCUCGGAAACAGCCGGCUCGGGAACCUUAUUUGGCAAAUAGGGCUAGGCGUGAACCUCUCUGCUGGGAAACUGUCUCGUCGGCUUCUUUCAUCCGCUGCUUGUGGCUUUAUUUCUUCCACUCUACCUCCACAGUCUCUCAAUCUGGGGAGAAAAAGAAUCUCAAGAUAUAUCUUUAAUUUCAGACCCAUCUCUGAGCAAUAAUUCAUCACGAAUUCUUCUUUCCAGUCUUCCCAUCCACUGAAGAAGUUAGGAUAGAAGUGUGGGAAAUACCAAGCUUCCUAGAGCGAAAACAUUGUUUGGACUUUGCCUAAAAGAAACUCCAACACUAUACAGAAGUUCCAACAUUUCCUACUUAUUUGAAAGAAGAAAGGCUGCUCAAUAUUUCCUGCCUCCUUGUUUCUUUCAUUUUGAGGGAUUGGAUUUUGCGUCAUUAGAACCAUGAGCAACUACAGUGUGUCCUUGGUUGGCCCAGCUCCCUGGGGUUUCCGGCUGCAAGGUGGCAAGGAUUUCAACAUGCCUUUGACAAUCUCAAGUCUAAAAGAUGGUGGAAAAGCAUCCCAGGCAAACGUAAGAAUAGGCGACGUGGUUCUCAGCAUUGAUGGAAUAAGUGCCCAUGGCAUGACUCAUCUGGAAGCCCAGAACAAGAUUAAGGGUUGUACAGGCUCUUUGAAUAUGACUCUUCAAAGAGCAUCUGCUACACCCAAGCUUGAGCCAGUUCCUGUUCAAAAGGGAGAACCUAAAGAAGUAGUUAAACCUGUGCCCAUUCCAUCUCCUGCUGUGUCCAAAGUCACUUCCACCACCAACAUGGCCUACAAUAAGGCCCCGCGGCCCUUUGGUUCUGUGUCUUCACCAAAAGUCACAUCCAUCCCAUCACCAUCGUCUGCCUUCACCCCAGCCCACGCGACCACUUCAUCACAUGCUUCCCCUCCACCCGUGGCCGCUGUCACUUCUCCCCCAUUCGCUGCAUCUGGACCGCAUGCUAAUACCAAUGUUAGUGCUGACCAGCGGUCAUCUGCGCUGAGCGCUGGUAAACCUGCAGUUAAUGUCCCACGGCAGCCCACAGUCACCAGCGUGUGUGCCGAGACUGCCCAGGAGCUAGCAGAGGGACAGAGAAGAGGAUCCCAGGGUGACAGUAAACAGCAAAAUGGUAACCCUGACACCGUGAAAAUCCCACCCAAACGCCCACCAAGAAAACACAUUAUGGAUCGUAAUACCGAGUUUUAUCACAUACCUACUCACAGCGAUGCCAGCAAGAAGAGAUUGAUUGAGGAUACUGAAGACUGGCGUCCGAGGACUGGAACGACUCAGUCUCGUUCUUUUCGAAUCCUUGCCCAGAUCACUGGGACUGAACAUCUGAAAGAGUCUGAAGCUGAUAAUACAAAGAAGGCAAAGUUUGACAGUUCUCUGGAAGACCUACCUCAGAGUGGACCUCACCCACCUACAACUGCUCAGGUUUUACAUAUUGGUGGCCAAGUAGCCACAGUUUCUAAAGUAACUACGUAUUUUAGCAGCUCCACAAGAAAUGUGGCAACAAGUUCUUUGGAAGCUUCUCGAAACUUGUCUACCCUGUCUUCUCCUGCUAGAUACAGUGCUGCCGUUCUGAGCAGCGCAGCCGCUACUGUGUCUGCUGUUCUUGCUGCAAAAACCAGGCUCUCCAGUCCUGAAAAAUAUCACUCACUCCUGGAUGCACUUUGCAUCAGCCCUGUAUCCAAGCCUUUAGCUUUUUCUUAUCUCCAGCCCUUGAGGAAAUCAACUGGCUCUGUCCAUGUUAAGAAAACCAGCAAUGCCCAGGAGUCUUCUCUGCAGUCUGCCCCCUCGGCAGGUACAGCUUGGAGCUCCCCCGAGAGGCCAGGAAGCCCAGGCUCGGCCAGACCAGGGGCGGCCGGGCUCACCGCUGCUGCCACCUUCAAGCCUCUGGGGUCCCGUGGGAUCAAGUCACCAAGCUGGCAACGGCCCAGCCAAGCAGCACCUUCCACUGGAAGAGUCGUAAGCAGUGGGCCAUCCACAGGAGCCGUGGCACCAGCCAACUCAGCCAGAGGGCAGCCUCAGCCCAGUGACGAGGACACUUUGGUGCAAAGGGCCGAGCAUAUUCCCGCAGGGAAACGAACUCCGAUGUGCGCCCACUGCAACCAGGUUAUCAGGGGACCAUUCCUAGUGGCAUUGGGGAAAUCUUGGCACCCAGAAGAAUUUAACUGUGCUCACUGCAAAAAUACCAUGGCCUACAUUGGAUUUGUAGAGGAACAGGGAGCCCUGUAUUGUGAGCUCUGCUAUGAGAAAUUCUUUGCUCCAGAAUGUGGUCGAUGCCAAAGGAAGAUCCUUGGAGAAGUCAUCAAUGCUUUGAAACAAACUUGGCAUGUUUCCUGUUUUGUGUGUGUGGCCUGUGGAAAGCCUAUUCGUAAUAAUGUUUUUCACUUGGAGGAUGGUGAGCCCUACUGUGAGACUGAUUAUUAUGCCCUCUUUGGUACUAUAUGCCGUGGAUGUGAAUUUCCCAUAGAAGCUGGCGACAUGUUCCUGGAAGCUCUGGGCUAUACCUGGCACGACACUUGUUUUGUAUGCUCAGUGUGUUGUGAAAGUUUGGAAGGUCAGACCUUUUUCUCUAAGAAGGACAAGCCACUUUGCAAGAAACAUGCUCAUUCUGUGAAUUUUUAAAAGUCAACUGUCCAGGGGAAGAGAAAAAAUUUGAAGAGAAAGAGGAGAAUUUAAAUUACCAAUUAAUUUUUAGAUUUAAUAUUUAUAUGAAGUUUUGAAAAAUAAUAGUGGCCCUCAGGGGAUAAAUUCCAAGCUUUGAAAACCAAGUCUAUGAGGAAAUAUUUGGCUUCAUAAAGUAAAGAAACAGUUUGGUGUUUAUUAUUACUUUUUUCCCUGUAUUUUCUGCCCAUAAAGUAACUUUUAUAAAAAUCAAUUUCCUGGUUUACUAUUAAAUUCAUCUUAGAAUAAAUUAGUGAAGAAUUAAAUAUUAGAAUAAAAACCUUCAACUUCUAUGCUGAAAUAACUAAACUUUCCUUGUUAGGUAGUUUUGAGUAAAUCUAUAAAAAGACAAUGAAAUGCCUUACACUUAAAUGAAAUAUUGUGUUUUUCUUAAAAAAAUAGCAUUUAUCUUUAAAACAGUAAAUAGGAGUUUAAACAGAGAAUUUUAUCAGUAGUAGGUGUCAGGUUUUUUUAAACUGUAUACAUUUUUUUGUCUUUACAGUUCAUCAUUCCAAUAGGAAAGGCCAAUGAGAUUUUGAUCAAAACAUGUCUUGCCAAUAGGAGGUGUUAUAUUUUUGUCUGAUUUCCCUCCACCCCAAAAAGCCACCACAUAGCUUAUAAAUUUCAGUCUUUUGCCUUUUAUUAGAAUAUGACUGUUUUCUAUUAAUUGUGUAUGUUUCACCACCUAUGUCAGUCAAACUAUUUUUUUUCCCUUCCCUUAUGCUGAGGUGAAGAGCUUGUUGAAUAACUUUGGACUCUGAAAGUUGUCCCUUUCUUUAAAGAGAAGAAAUAGAAAAGAAUGUGGUUGGGAGUGAUGGUGAAUCACAAGAUUGGAUCAGAAAUUUUUUAAAAUUCCCCCUUUUUAGACAGUGAGUCAAUUUGACUGAUGAAGGUUUGAAAGUUCUCUUUGCAGAAUAAUUUUUUUUUUGUUCAGUUCUACAUUAGAAAAAUAUUGGUUUGGGAAUAUGAUAAAAAUUUAGAUUUUUUUUUUCUUUUGGUAGUUCUUUCUCAAUAAUAAAUGAACCACUUCUAAAAGUAAUCAUGAAGUUUGGAAAGCUUUUGUUCACAGAGGUUUGAUAGUAUAGACAGGAACAUGAUUAAUUAUUCAGACCAGCCUGUUCUUUGUUUUCUUCAUUUUAGGGAAAAAAAUUAUGUAGCUACCACGUGAAGACAGAAAUAAUUGUGGUAAAAUCGUGAAUCCUGUUGAUAUUUGCCCAGUGAGAAAAGAGAUUAUGGCAUUUGAUAGUUUUUUUGUUUGUUUGUUUCCAGAAUGGACAAAAGCCCAUGAUCACACUAAGUUAUCACUUGGAUUUGUUUGGGGAAGGGUGCUUUUAUAGUUGAGACUGAGCCCCACCCCCUGCCCGACUCAUCCAUCACUUGAGACUUCACUUCCAUUGUUGUGCGUGUUUGUUAGAGAGCAGGGUGUUAGGCUACAAUAUUUGUUUAACCUCCCUAAGAACUGUUCAAGGUAUCUGUCCUGAAAGCUGCUAAUUCAUGGUCUAGCAGACUUACAUUAUAUGCAGAUAGUAGUUAACUGGGAAUAAAAGGAAUAAACUGGGAAUAAAAAGAAUGAGAAGUGUGACGCAGAGUAGCAAACUGAAUGCUUCACCAAUGGCAACCUAGAACUGUCCCCUCGCCCUGCAUCUUGUAGGGACGCAGGGAGCUUUUUCUGUUGUGUUUUAAAAGCUGGAACUGAAUCGUGCCAUAUUUCCCAUUGCUGCUGAAACCACCCAUAGAAGACACGCUGCAUUGUCACGUAUCUUAAUGUCAGUCCUUUGCUCUACAUGACGUAAAAUAAGGUGAUGGUUUUGUUUUAGUGCAGUAGAGAUUUUUUUGUUGUUUUUUAGUUUUGCUUUUACAUGGUAAAGAGUCUGCCUGCAGUGCGGGAGACUCGCAUCCCUAGACUCGGAUCCCUAGGUCUGGAAGAUCCCCUGGAGAAGGAAAUGGCAACCCACUCCUGUAUUCUUCCCUGGAAAACCCCAUGGACAAAAGGGCCUGGCAGGCUACAGCCCAUGAGGUCACUAAGAGUCGGACAUGACUGAGCGACUUCACUUUACAGAUUAUAUGCCAAGAGAGUAUUUGAUAAGUCAGUGGCAUUGGAAUGGCAUUUGGGUAUUUUGUUCAAAGAAUUUUAUUUGAUCUGGAUUUGGUAUAAAGUUAUAUUAAGGAUUUUGUUUUUAAUUACACUUUUCUUUCUGCAUAUUAUUCAUGGAGCAUAAUGUUGCAUUUCUCUAAAUUUUGUCCCUAAAAGGAUAAUGUCACUUCCUAACAUCAUUUUGUCUAUGGCUUUGCCCUGUCUUUUGUCCUUUGCUUCUAUGGCAAAGCCUUCUUCUGUCUAUUCUUAAAACAGUUAAUCCUGUGAAAUAAGUACUGACUAUAACCCAGAAGAAUCUCUGUAUUUUAUAUUGGGGAAUGCCAUAUUUAAUACACCAGCAUUAAUCUUUUAAUAACUGGCAGAGCACUUUAUUCUUCUGGUGAGCUCCCAGAAUAUUUAUUUUUCUGAUUAUAAAUAUUCCAUGUCAGUAGCAUUUUUGAAUUGUUACCUCCUUAUUGUAGAGCAUUACUUUUAGUCUCUCUCGAUGUAUAUUUUGGAAUGUUGUGCUUAGAAUAAUACAGAUUAAAAUCACAGUAUAUGAUUCUAAGACAUCCCCUACUUGGUUUCCCAGUUUCUAAAUGUACAGCAUGUCUACAAGGACAAAACGUUGCUCACUGAAGUAGCUGUCUAGAAAUAAUGCCCUCUACAUGUGCUUGUCACAUUCGUAUUUCCUAUUGAUUCAAGUUACAGUUAGCAACUAAAAUUAAAAUCUGAUCAUUGGUCACUGUGCAAAAGACAAGCAGAAAUUAGAGCUUAAAUCUUCAAAACAGCAUUAUGUUUAAAAAUGAUUAUAACAAAAACGGUAUCCGUGGUACCAUUUUCAAGGACUGCUACUAAGGAAAUACUCUUCCCUGUUCAAGUGUGAAUCUAGAGUUAUGUUAACAUUUUGGUGAUAUUUGGGGUUUAGUUAUUGCUAUUGAAAGGAGAGGCUUUUCAGACAUAAGAGAAGGGAAAACACACUAAUUUUACGCAAUUUGAUGUGUCUUCAGUUUGUUCUCCUUCAACCCCCAGGUGUUUUAAGGUUAUGGGUUUGGAUUCUCAAUAUAUCAUUUACCAUAUGUAUUAGCCUCUAUCUUCUGUUUCUCUGCAUUUUUCAGUUUGUAUAUGUCCGUGCUAUUUUGCUUUUGGAUACAUUUUCUAAUUAAAAACCACAAGAGAAAUAUAAUCAGUAUAUAAACCUUAAUGUGCACAUAAUAAAUAAAUGGCUGCAGUGAUACAAA